CACGCGUCGAAGGACCGAGGGUGUCAAAGAAGUCCCCGUUGCUCGGCGUGCUGCCUCGUAGUCUCCUUGCCUACCAGCAGAUUCCUUGUGGGAAGGCAGAUCGCCUGCGCCCCGGCGACGGACAUGUGAUGUUGUGGUGAUCGCGACGCCACCUCGAUCCAAGGCCUCAACGGGCUCUACUUGUGCAACACAAGGUGCCAACCUCGUCACAAGCCUUGAAGACAUCGACCAAGCCGACCAUCUGCACUGUUUCACAUCACAACGCGCUCUUUGGACGCUGGACACUGCUAAACGUGCGGAUCCCGCACCGAUAAAGGACCAGCUGCAACAUGUCGGCGAAAUUGCCCAAUCAUAGUCUGUUCGCACGCGCCGCAGUGUCUUCGAAGCGAGUCACUGUGUUCAAGCUUGCAUCUGCAUCUCCGCCAUCCAUAGCUGGCAGUGGUGCCUUAUCGACCUCCUCCGCUCGAACUGCAUCCACUGUUUCCGUCUCAUCAUCGACAACUGUUGCGAAUGCGUCACCACGCUCGCAAGGGGCAGCCCCAGCCCUUUCAAGCACCAACAGCAGCGGCACGAGCGUCUCUCCCAUCGCUGCCCCUGCCGCCAUAUUGCCUACGGGGGCAGGCGCUCUCUAUCAUCGACGAGCAUUUCACCUGUGGAACGCGUCUACGAGUCGCGGUGCUGCCAACGCGGUCUCCUUGUCUUACCACACCGGCACACAGUCCACGCUGCCAAAAUGGGUAGACUCGUUGGACUUGUUUGUCGAUCUGUCUUCCUUACCGACGAAGAAGCCAACACCCGACUCGCAAACUAUCUACACGUCGAGAUCCGACCCAGGUGUAGACUUGCCUCUGGAUCUAUGGACUGAGGCAGAUUCGUCCUCGUUCUACGCGAACAACUUGCACGAGCAGCCCUUGCUGACCUGGGAACAGGCCACACAGGGUGGAUCUGUUCAUUUUCGAGAUGCAGGGGUGUUUGGAGGAGGAAACGGCAGCGGGUUCGGGAGCUCUGCCAAUCCAUUCGGUGGAGCCGAAAGCAACGGUGGCUUCCGCUCGCCUGGAAACGGGUUGUCCGACAUAUUCGCUAGUUCGCCUCCUCCUCCUAACGAUGGCUCAUCGUCAAAAGCGACGUACUCAUUGACUGGUGCGAGUGCAUCAACUGGUAGCUCAGAUGGCGGUAGUGGCGGGGAAUCUGGCGGUAACGCCUCGACGCAUCAGAUUGGGACCAUUUCUACAUACCCGAUGGCUCUGUCCGCGUCGAGCAGCGGCGCCAUGGUAGGCAAUCCCAAGUCUCUGCCGUCUUCAUACUACCAACGAGCCGACCCGCCGGUAAGCCAUAUCAAUCCUUUCAUGGCCCGCGCACUUUCCAUCCCGCGUGCUCCAAAGCCGGAGUUCACAUUUGAUCAUGGCGCCUAUGGUAUCCCGAAGAGGCACCCUCUCUCCGCGCCGCCUAGGAAGGCGACACGAUCUGGGCCGGGAAGUGCGAUGGGCAUGCUAAGCGCGGCAGCAGACUUUCUGACAAGCCCGCAAUUGACAAUGGAAGAGAUCAAGGCGGCGCCACCCGUUCCAGCUGCGGGUCAGGACUCUACGGAAGGUUCGCAGGCAGCGAGUCAGCUUGCCAGUAUGCUUCCACCAGGACACGUUGCAGGAUACACGCCACGAUUGAAGAUGAAAGGUGGGCGGAAGCUGAAGCUACGAGAGAAUGGCAAGCUCGUUCCGGAUAGACUUCGGAGCGUGCAGGUCGGUGAAGAUGCGUAUUUUCUUCGUCCAGAUGCACUAGGCGUCGCCGAUGGCGUCGGUGGCUGGGCACGACGGCCAGGAGCGAAUGCCGCGCUGUACUCGCGGCUGUUGAUGCAUUUUUGCGCUGUUGAGCUCUCUCGAUAUGACGAGCUAUCACGCGAUGAGCUUGCAGCGGACAAUGGCAAGCUACUAAAGAAGUGGGCGCAGAUCGACCCCGUCGAGGUGAUGCACCGGGCUUGGGAACGCUGUGUGCGGACAGCACGCAAGGAGGGCAUCCUCGGCAGCUCGACUGCACUGUUGGCUUUGCUAAGAGGGGACGAGCUGCGGAUAGCCAACCUGGGUGACUGCGUCCUGCUCAUCAUUCGCGAUGGCGACCUACUCUUCCGAUCCACGGAACAACAGCACUCUUUCAACUUCCCCGUCCAGCUGGGCAUGAUGGGCGAUACCGUCGAAACGGUGGCGGAACGGAUCAAAGCUGCAGCGACAGAGCAGGCAGUGGCGGAAGAGGCAAAGAGGAAUGGACAAACGGCAGCUGAAGAUGUAGACUCUGAUGAAGAAGGUCUUGAUGAACCUGAAGGUGAAUUGCCUGCAGAUGCCAGUGCAGCACAAGCUACACCGAGGCCAGAACCACCCCUCGAUCCAGAGGACACGGAAUGGGAUGAGCCGAGGCGAGAUGCUGGGCGAUGGACCGUCAAGGUGCAACCAGGAGACAUAAUCAUCCUCGGCAGCGAUGGCCUCGUUGACAAUCUUUUCGACGAGGACAUUUUGGAGGAGGUUCGCAAAUUCGCACCUGACCAUGGUGCCAACGCGCCUGUGGCACCUGCAGACGACCAUCCAGGUCAAGUUCAAGGUCAAGAUGCGCCGCAUCGUACAGCGAUAGGAUCUGUUCUUCCGCCUGACUUUUCGCCUCAGGAUGUCUCCGAAGCACUGUGCUCACGUGCAAAAGCUGUCAGCGAGGACCGCCGAGCCACCACGAGCCCAUUUCAGAUCGCAGCCCAAGAGGAGGGUAUGUACUACGUGGGUGGUAAACACGACGACAUCUCGGUUCUAGUGGCUGUUGUCGGCCAUCGCUCCGAGCACUCCGAAGGCACCUUCGUCUCUCCGGCCGAUACCCAUUUGUAGAAUACACUUUUAUGUUUCGCACUUUCUCAUGGGGGUUUUGUGAGAUUCUUGUAGAGUAAAAAUGUCAUGAAUUGCACCUGCUACGUCU